GGAGAGCGCCAGCGCGAAGGGGACUGGGGGGCUCGGGCUGGGGGCGCGGCCUGUGCCGGCCGCCCCACCCUCCUUGCAUAAAAGCCGGAGCCCGCGGGGCCGGCGCUCUCAGCCCGUCGGUUCCCGAGCGCCUUCCCGGUGACCCCGCAGUGGGUGUGUGAGGGGAGGACGGACAGACCCACCAGACGCCGCCGGACCAGGAGGACGCUGACGAGGCACCAUGCGUGAGAUCGUGCACAUCCAGGCGGGCCAGUGCGGCAACCAGAUCGGCGCCAAGUUUUGGGAGGUCAUCAGUGAUGAGCAUGGGAUUGACCCCACUGGCAGUUACCAUGGAGACAGUGAUUUGCAGCUGGAGAGAAUCAAUGUUUACUACAAUGAAGCCACUGGUAACAAAUAUGUUCCACGGGCCAUCCUCGUGGAUCUGGAGCCAGGCACGAUGGAUUCGGUUAGGUCUGGACCAUUCGGCCAGAUCUUCAGGCCAGACAAUUUCGUGUUUGGCCAGAGUGGAGCCGGGAAUAACUGGGCCAAGGGCCACUACACAGAGGGAGCCGAGCUGGUCGACUCGGUCCUGGAUGUGGUGAGGAAGGAGUCAGAGAGCUGUGACUGUCUCCAGGGCUUCCAGCUGACCCACUCUCUGGGGGGCGGCACGGGGUCCGGGAUGGGCACCCUGCUCAUCAGCAAGAUCCGGGAAGAGUACCCAGACCGCAUCAUGAACACCUUCAGCGUCAUGCCCUCACCCAAGGUGUCAGACACGGUGGUGGAGCCCUACAACGCCACCCUCUCUGUCCACCAGCUGGUGGAAAACACAGAUGAAACCUACUGCAUUGACAACGAGGCCCUGUAUGACAUCUGCUUCCGCACCCUGAAGCUGACCACCCCCACCUACGGGGACCUCAACCACCUGGUGUCGGCCACCAUGAGCGGGGUCACCACCUGCCUGCGCUUCCCGGGCCAGCUGAACGCAGACCUGCGCAAGCUGGCGGUGAACAUGGUGCCCUUCCCUCGCCUGCACUUCUUCAUGCCCGGCUUCGCGCCCCUGACCAGCCGGGGCAGCCAGCAGUACCGGGCGCUCACGGUGCCCGAGCUCACCCAGCAGAUGUUCGACUCCAAGAACAUGAUGGCCGCCUGCGACCCGCGCCACGGCCGCUACCUGACGGUGGCUGCCAUCUUCCGGGGCCGCAUGUCCAUGAAGGAGGUGGACGAGCAGAUGCUCAACGUGCAGAACAAGAACAGCAGCUACUUCGUGGAGUGGAUCCCCAACAACGUGAAGACGGCCGUGUGCGACAUCCCGCCCCGCGGCCUGAAGAUGUCGGCCACCUUCAUCGGCAACAGCACGGCCAUCCAGGAGCUGUUCAAGCGCAUCUCCGAGCAGUUCACGGCCAUGUUCCGGCGCAAGGCCUUCCUGCACUGGUACACGGGCGAGGGCAUGGACGAGAUGGAGUUCACCGAGGCCGAGAGCAACAUGAACGACCUGGUGUCUGAGUACCAGCAGUACCAGGACGCCACGGCCGACGAACAAGGGGAGUUCGAGGAGGAGGAGGGCGAGGACGAGGCGUAGAUGCCCCCGCGAGACGGGUUAGGGAAAGCAGAGGAGGAAAGCGAGGGGGUGGGGGGCUUCCCGGGACGAUAACCUGGCAGUCGAAGGAAAGAAGCAUGGUCUACUUUAGGUGUGCGCUGGGUCUCUGGUGCUCUUCACUGUUGCCUGUCACUUUUUUUUCCUUUUUUGUAAUAUUGAUGACAUCAAUGUAACAUUUGAGAUAUUUCUGAAUUACUGUUGUAAUGGCUAAAAUCACAUAAACGUUUGUGUCGGAA